AUGCUCUCGGUGCCGGGCAGCGGGGCCGGCUCGUCUUCGGGCUUCGGCCCGGGCGAGGCGGCUUCGGGCGGCGGCGGCGACUUCCUGACGCGCUACCGGCUGGUGUCGUCCAAGCUGCGCAAGCGCUUCCUGCGCAAGCCGAACGUGUCGGAGGCGUCGGAGCAGUUCGCGGCGCUGGCGCGGGAGCUGCGCGCCCAGGAGAGCCUGCCCUACGCGGCCUGGUGCCAGCUGGCGGUGGCGCGCUGCGCCCAGAGCCUGGGCCACCCGGCGGGCGAGGCGGCGGCGCUGGCCGAGGCGGCGCGGCUCUGGCUGCGCCACGAGCGCGAGCUCCGCCUGCGGCAGGGCGCCGGGCUGGGCCUGUGCGAGCACCUGCCGGCCGCCCACGGCUGCGUGGCCUUCGCCGCCCGCCUCCACGUCGACCUGGGCCAGGCGGCGCUGGCGGCCGGCUUGUGGCUGGAGCUGGGCAACGAGCUGCGCUCCGCCGGCGAGCCGGGCCAAGCCGUGCCGGCCUUCCUGCGCGCCGCCGACCUGCUGGCCGCGGCCCACCUGCCCCUGGAGGCGCUGCACGGGCUGCGCGACGUGGCCUCCUGCCUGCUGCUCGGCCGAGACUACGACGGCGCCCUGGCGGUGCUCACGCAGGCCCAGCAGCUGGCCCAGGCAGGAGGAGGAGGAGGAGGCGGCGGCGGCGGCCCGUCCAACGCUUCUCCCGCCUCGCUGCCCGGCGCUUUCCUGGACCACCUGCUCGGCUGCGAGGUCACCCGCGUGCUCCUCCUGCUCCUGCUGCAGCCGCCGCCGUCCAAGCUGCUGCCCGAGCACGCUCAGACCCUGGAGAAGUACUCUUGGGAGGCCCUGGACGCCGCCUCGGGCUACGUUCCGCCCGAGCUUUUCUUGCUGCUCCAGUCGGCCGUGAUGGCCUGCCAGGAGAAGGACUUGGACUCGCUGAAGGUUUUGCAGAAGGAGCUGUGGCCGCUGCUCACGGCGGAGCAGAACAACCUGCUGCACUUGGUGGUGCAGGAGAUGAUCAGCCCCUCCGGUCAGGGGUUCUGACUGUUGGGG